UCGAGGUCGCAUUAGAUUGAGUACACAAGUGAUCGAAGGCAAUAUCGCGAGCAAGUGUCGGGAUAAUGCCCCAACGAAGAAAUGGUAUUCAGUUCGACUUAAAGCAAGAAUAACAUUAGACCGUUUUGCCUUGUCUAUACUGAAGUUACAGAUGGUAAGCCCAUACAUAGGUGUUGAGCUGAUGACCCUGGUCGCCGAUAGCUGCAAUCUUGGUGAAGCUGGUUCGUGGUCUCGCCGCCGGACUGGCACGUAUGUCAUCAGUAGAAGUACGACCUCAGACGAUCAUUUUCUCACGCUACACUUUCCAUAGUAAAUGCCUUGUGAAGAACAGAUAGUGUGACGCCAUGAUCUCGCUUGGUUUCACAUUGUUUACCCUUUGUGCCGCAGUAGUAACAUUUGCGACAGGGUUGGUCCCGGUGCCCAACAUGGACUACAAGGCAUAUGUGAAACUCGGAGAUAUCAAUAUUGGGGCCAUCAUUCCAGUCCAUCAGUACCAUUUCAAUGCGCCAUGCGGGGGCAGUCUUCGGGAGCUCGGCGUUCUUCAGCGAAUGGAGGCGCUGGUGUUCGCUGUCGAGGAAAUUAACAAUCGGACGGACCUCUUGCAGAACAUAACUUUGGGUUACAUCAUCCUUGAUGACUGUUACAAGGAAAGUACUGCAGUAGGAAAAGCAUUGCAAUUUGUUACUGCGAAAGGCACAUGUGACGCCAAUGUGACGACCUCACAGCACUGUUCAAAUGAAACAACAUCGUAUGACGUCAUUGGAUUAAUUGGCUCCGAGAGUAGCGCAAACAGCAUGAGUAUUGCAAAAAUAUCCAACUUGUAUAAAAUCCCACAACUGAGUUACCUUGCUACUAGUCCAGAGUUAGACAAUACGUUUAGAUUUCCAUAUUUCUUUAGGACAGUUCCGUCUGAUUAUUUUCAAGCGAAGGCGAUUUUGGACUUUCUCGCAUACUCUAAUUGGACCUACGUCUCAAUUCUGUACUCAGAUUCUAGUUAUGGUGUUGCUGGGUAUCAAGCUCUUCAGGAGAUUGCGAAAGAUAAAGGAAUAUGUUUUGCUUAUGCAGUAUCAGUCCAAUACAACUUCUCAGACAAAUACUUCGACGAGCUAGUUACCCAAAUCGUUCGUUAUGACAACAAAGCGAGGGCCGUCAUCGUGUACACGCCUUUAGAAGUUGCGAGGGCGAUUCUCGCUGCAGUGAAGCGACGAGGCCACACUGAGACUUUUACGUGGAUAGCUAGCGAUGCCUGGGGUAGGAAUAUUCAGGAUUACGAAGGGUUGGAGGAGACUGCAUGGGGUAUUGUAGCUGUCAAAGUCAACUCUCAAAAUGUGCACAGGUUCGAUGAACAUUUUUCAAAUCUGAUCCCAAGCAUCAGAACAAAUAACCCUUGGUUCCAACAUUUCUGGGAAGACGUUUUUAACUGUUCCAAGGGUGGUUGCAGCUCAAACGAUAGCUUCACUGCGUGCUCCCACUAUACCCCAGAUAUGCUGACGUCGCUGGUUAUUGAUGCUGUGUAUACGUAUGCCCACGCAAUCGAUGACGCACUCAGCAAAAACUGUUCGGAGGGCAGGGACUCAUGCUAUCUCAAUUCUUGUUUAACAGCUGAUGUUCUGACUGCAUCUUUACAGAAUAUCGCAUUCAAUGGCGAAAUAUCAAAUUUUACAUUUGACGAAAAUGGAAAUGGUAUUCUUGACUAUAAAUUCCAAAGUAUACAAAAAAUCAACAACAGCUUUCAACUAGUUCACGUUGCAACUUGGAGUCAGGACAUGGGUCUUGUCUUAGACGGUUCCCCGUUACAGUUCAAAAACCUCUCAACCAUUCCAAUAUCAGUGUGCUCCGCCCCUUGCAAGCCUGGGUACUCACAGGAGCUACUCGACUACGGCUGCUGCUGGAACUGUAAAAUCUGUCGACCGAACGAAAUUUCUGUAAUAAUCGAAGGCAUCAUGAAAUGUACUCCAUGCACAAACAAGACAUGGCCGGAUUCCGAUCGGACGGCGUGUCUGGGACUUAUUCCUGAAUACCUCAGUUACGACAGCGCCAUCGGAGCAACCCUCAUUACCUCUGCCGGGCUUGGCAUAAUCGCAACCUUCGUCGUUGCCAUUCUCUACGGCAUCAAUAAUGACCACAAAUUAAUCAAGGCAUCGGGAAGGGAACUUAGUUACGUCAUGUUAUUUGGCAUCUGGGUACACUACAGCGCCGUUUUUGUCUUCAUCUUGAAACCAACAGAUUGGACAUGUAUCGUGAAUACAUGCACAUUCGGGCUUAGCUUCUGCCUGGUGUAUGCUCCGCUCUUGACCAAGAGCAAUCGUAUCUAUAGGAUCUUUGAGAGCGGUCGCCACGGGAAGAUACGACCGCCAAUGAUUGACGCAAAGUCACAGCUGAUGUUUACGUCCAUACUAGUUUUGAUUAAGGUUGUUGUACUGCUCGUCUGGAUCUUCACUGAAACGCCUAAAGCCAUCACCACUGUGACACUCGGCCGUGAUCAAAACACACUGUCUUUGUUCUGUUCAAUGUCUAUGGGUGCAUUUGGCUGCAUCAUCGGAUACAACCUGCUGUUAAUCCUUGCCUGCUGUUUCCACGCUUUCAAAACAAGAAAACUACCAACAAAUUUUAAUGAAUCCAGAUUUAUUUCAUUCUGUGUGUACACGACCAUUCUGAUGUGGUUAGCCUUCUUUCCUGCGUAUCUCACUCUUACAUUUGGAUACUACAGGACAUUAUUCAGUUGUUUGGCUUUGCUUGUGAACGCUACAGUUGUAAUGAUUUGCUUGUUUGGAACGAGACUGUAUGGUGUUUACUUCGUCAAGAAGUGUGACCUUCACCUGAUGUCUGCUGCAUCCGGGAAGACAGGCUUGAAAAGUGCAGCCAUCGCCGUUAAGGCAACUGUAUCAAUAAACCACGCCGGGACCAAAGUCGUACCCAGGCGAGGGUCUGAGCUGAGCAAAGAAGACGUUGUCAACAAUUCCAUAGAAACCGUCGAAACAUCAAAUUCUGACCUUGAUCAAGUCCAAGUGGCGACCCCACCUGAAAAUGAUUUGGUUAUAGUGUCACCUAGCGGUGCAGGCGAAAAAUAUGAGAAUGGACUUUUGUCGCUUCCAGAAGACAAUCGAGUGAAAAGAGCUGUUAGUUUUGAUGUCAUUGAAAACGCUGAUGAUUGUUGAUAUAAUAUCUCAAUUGAGUGCGGAAUGAUAUAAAUAAAACCUUAGUAAAUGUUCAUAGAGAAAGGCCUUGUGUAAAUGUACGUUAAAUUAGCUGACGGGUCAAAUACACACCCUCCUGAGUAAGGCCGAAGCCGAGCUAUGUACGAACAUUUGGAUAUUAUACUAAAUUAACGAUGCUAACCAUGCAAACGUUACCUAAACAGAGUAAAUGACAAUUUGUUUCGAGUAACCAUUACAACCGUCUUUAUACUUGUAAUCCAUGGGUGCGCAAGUUAUAUUUUUAUCAACAUACUUGUUGUAGAUAUCCCAAGAGACUUCUGUGUUCAUCGCAUUAAAAAUCAUUAGGUUCCGUAAGCUGCAGUAUUUUGCCACACCAGAGUCUCCUGUUUCCUUGACUAGUCCACGAAAUGAAAAGAAGAUGCCCUCAUGGCACGAGGGUCUAAUACCAGAAGCCUUCGCAA